UUUAGUAAGGAUAAAAAGAAAGAAAUUACCUUAUAAGAUCUCCAAUGUGAAGUUAACAAACUAAAACAAGAAAUAAAAGAUUCAAAAGCACAAGAUUAGAAACUUUGAGAAGCUUUAAAUCUUUUACAAUCUAAAGAUGAUUUUAGUAAAUUAACAGAUCUUAAUCUUAAAGAGCAAUUUCAAACUAAAGAUAACAACCCAAAUAGCUCACAUAGCGCAAUCAGAACAUCCCAGCGGAUACCCAUAACCUCCACCUCUCUAAUGGAACCCUUGGGUGUAAUAAAGCUGCCUUCGCAAGAAGGAUGUUCGCAAACCAAUAAUGAUGAUAACAAAAUUAAUUUAAUCAACAGAUUAAAUAUCUAAAAAUGGCACUCCAAAGUAAAACUCAUAAUCAAUAAUGAUUAGGAAAUCAACACAGUAGCCCUUAUAGAUACUGGUGCAGAUUUAAACUGUAUAGAGGAAGGGUUCAUUCCAACCAAAUACUACCACAAAACAACCAUAGGUGUCAAUGUAGCAAAUGGUAAGAAAAUGGGAGUAAAAUACAAAAUGUCAAAUGAACAUAUUUGUCAAGACAAUGUAUGUUUUAAAACUUCCGUUGUUUUAGUAAAGAACAUGACUGAUAAAGUCAUUCUUUGUGUACCAUUUAUAUAUUUGUUGUAUCCUUUCACAACAUAUAUUAAUGGACUAACCGCCAAGCCAUUUGGUCAAAAAGUAACUUUUAAAUUUUUAACCAAACCCCAAGUUAAGAAAUUAAGGCAACUAAAAGAGUGUUCAAUCUCUAUGUCCCUUAAUUUAAUAACUCAAAAAACUAACGAAGUGAAAUUUCUUACGGAAGAAAUUAAUCAUAAAAGAGUCCAAGAACAAUUAGCAAAUCCAAUCUUAAUAAAAAAGAUUGAAGAAUUUAAAACUAAAAUGGAAGCAGAAGUGUGUUCUAAUCUUCCUCCAACUUUCUGGCAUAGGAAGAAACACAUGGUGAAACUUCCCUACAGUAAAGGAUUUAGUGAGCAAAAUACUCCAACUAAAUCCAGACCUAUCCAAAUGACUCAUGAAGUAAUGAAAAUUUGUAAAAAAGAAAUUUCUGAAUUAUUUAAAAUGGUAUCAUUAGGAAAAGUAAAUCUCCUUGGUCAUGUCCUGCUUUCUAUGUCAUCAAAAAUGCAUAAUUAGAAAGAACUCCAAGGUUAGUAAUGAACUACAAACCUUUAAAUUCUGUAUUGGCAUGGAUCAGGUACCCAAUUCCAAAUAAACAGAAUUUAAUCAAAAGGCUUAGUAAUAUUUUCAAAAUUUGAUUUGAAAAGUGACUUCUGGCGAAUUCAGAUCUUCCCAAAAGACAGAUAUAAAAAUGCAUUCACAACUCAUUUUGGACAUUAUAAAUGCAAUGUAAUGUCCUUUGGAUUGAAAAAUACACCUAGUAAAUUUCAAAACAUAAUGAAUGAAAUAUUCAAUUCAAUUAGUCAUUUCUCUAUAGUCUACAUAGUCAUUUCUCUAUAGUCUACAUAG